CCAAUACUAUAUACUCGCUGAGGGCUUGCCAGAGUCAUACAAGCUGAUUGAGCGAGGAUCGUUGCAGUAGAAACCAAUAGCAGCGCUUUCCUGACUCAGAAGCCGCCAGAUAGCCUGCACAAUACCAAGUCGGGGACAGCAACAACGAUGAAUAUCAUUGAAUGGGCGUUCGGCAAGCGCAUGACGCCAGCAGAGCGUCUGCGCAAGCACCAACGAGCACUCGAGAAGACGCAGAGAGAACUCGACCGUGAGCGAACAAAGCUAGAGAACCAAGAGAAGAAACUGGUACAGGACAUCAAGAAGAAUGCAAAGAAUGGUCAAAUGGGCGCGGUCAAGGUACAGGCAAAGGACCUUGUGCGAACGAGAAGAUAUAUCCAAAAAUUCUACCAGAUGCGCACGCAAUUGCAAGCAAUAUCACUACGAAUCCAGACUGUCCGGAGCAACGAGCAAAUGAUGCAGAGCAUGAAAGGUGCGACGAAACUUCUGGGCAGCAUGAACCGACAAAUGAAUCUUCCGGCACUACAGCGAAUAGCCAUGGAAUUUGAGAAGGAGAACGACAUUAUGGACCAGCGUCAGGAAAUGAUGGACGAUGCCAUCGAUGAUGUGACAGGUCUGGAGGACGAAGAGGAUAGCGAAGAGGUCGUUAACCAGGUUCUUGACGAAAUAGGUGUCGACCUCAGCCAGACGCUUGGCGAGACGCCGACAGGACUUCAGAAGAGUGCCGUGGCGGAUGGAAAAGUUGCCCAAGCCGUUGGAGCAGGCGAUCCAGGCGACGAUGACCUCCAGGCACGACUUGACAGCUUACGAAGAUGA